UGAGCUUGGUUAUUUGUAAUAAGCGUUUCAGAUUCGGUGUUUAAUGUUUGUAGUUUGAGUUUGAAAUGAAAAAUAGGAUUUGAGGGACAUGAGUACCUUAACUACAUCAGUGUUUUCUGCUGCCUUUGCAAUGCUUCUCAUUCUACUGCCCAGACUGUGUCCAGCUGUCUGCUCCAGCAAUGGAGGUCCAGACAGAAAAUAUGUCAGACAUUCAAAACUAUCUAGACACCUUCCAAAAGGAGAUUCAGACCAACCAGCAUGAAACAGGAGCCGGCGAGGUGGGCCAAGUGUACAUGGACCAGAACGGACAGUACUUUAUCCGGCAGGCGGCCGAGGAGGAGCCUCCAGUCGCCGGCUCGAGCCGGCCCAAGCGGUCGGGUCGCGGCGCGGCGGCCGCUACAGCCGUUUCGGGCGAGCUGGCGGCGCCCGCUCAGCCGGCCGCCGGCGCCGCCGCCGGCGCCAACUUCCAGACGGUCACCAUCGUGCCGUCGGACGGCAACGCCGACGAAGUCAGCUACGUGCUCAUCGUUCAGCCGGACUCGGAGGAAGGUCAGAAACACGAGCCAGAGGACCCCGAGAGCAUCGGCGUCUACGACUUCGACGAGCGCGACGAGGGCGGACCGCAGGAGGAGGACUCGGGCGACGAGGACGACAAGAGGAAGCUGACGCGCAUGCUGACGCGCAAGUCGUCCCAGACGGUGACGCAGGCCCACAUGUGCAGCUACUGCAACUACACCACGCCAAAGAGGUACCUGCUGUCUCGCCACAUGAAGUCCCACUCGGAGGAGCGGCCGCACAAGUGCUCCGUCUGCGAGCGCGGCUUCAAGACGCUGGCCUCGCUGCAGAACCACGUCAACACGCACACGGGCACCAAGCCGCACUGCUGCAAGUUCUGCGACGCCAACUUCACCACCUCGGGCGAGCUGGUGCGCCACGUGCGCUACAUCCACACCAAGGAGAAGCCGCACACCUGCACAGAGUGCGACUACUCGAGCGUCGAGCUGAGCAAGCUGCGCCGCCACAUGCGCUCGCACACGGGCGAGCGGCCCUACCAGUGCCCGCACUGCACGUACGCCUCACCGGACACGUUCAAGCUGAAGCGCCACCUGCGGAUUCACACCGGGGAGAAGCCGUACGAGUGCGAAAUCUGCGGCUCGCGCUUCACGCAGAGCAACUCUCUGAAGGCGCACCGGCAGAUCCACUCGGGGGAGAAACCCCUCUACCACUGCGAGCUGUGCCCGACCACCUGCGGACGUAAGACCGACCUGCGCAUCCACGUGCAGAAGCUGCACACCUCCGACCGGCCCAUCAAGUGCAAACGCUGCGGAAAGAGCUUCCCGGACCGCUACUCGUUCAAGCUGCACAGCAAGACGCACGAGGGCGAGAAGUGUUUCCGGUGCGACCUCUGCCCGUACAUGUCAACCUCGCAGCGCCACCUCGAGUCGCACAUGCUGAUCCACACCGACCAGAAGCCGUACGUCUGCCAGCACUGCGACCAGUCGUUCCGACAGAAACAGCUGCUGAAGCGGCACGUCAACCUCUACCACAACCCCAACUACAUUCCGCCACAGCCGCGCGAGAAGACGCACGAGUGCCCCGAGUGCGGCCGCGCCUUCCGCCACAAGGGCAACCUGAUCCGCCACCUGGCCAUCCACGACCCGGAGGCCAGCGCCGCCGAGAAGCAGCUGGCCCUCAAACUCGGACGGGAGACCAAAGUGUCGCUGAUGAACGAGUCGCUGCAGUACGAGGACGAGGAGCUGGUCGGGGACGCCGGGUCGGCAGAGUCGGGCGGCGAGCAGAAGGUGGUCGCCGUCCAGGGUCAGGACGGACAGCAGUACGUGGUGCUCGAGGUCAUCCAGCUGCAGGACGCCAACGGCGAGGAGCAGACGGUGGCCGUGGUGCCCGACUCGGCGCUGAGCCAGGCGGCCGGCGCCGGCGGCAGCGGCAUCGACAUGCAGCUGGCCGCCGGCCCGGCCGCCUCCUCCAUCGACGCCGCCCAGCUGGGCACCGACGUCAGCCUGGCCGACGACGGUCUGCCGGCCGACCUGCUGCCCGAGGCGGCCGGCGAGGGCGCCAGCGGCGAGCAGCCGCGCCGGCCCACCACGCCCGGCGGACGCCGGCGCGUCGACGACCAGGCCGUCCAGAAGAGCAAGCAGGACAUGCAGAACUGCUUCGGGUUCGAUGAUGAUGACGACGCGGAGAUGCUGGAGAAGAAGGGCGCGUUCUGAGGCGCGCUCCAGUGCGGCCCCGGUCAGCUCGGCAGCCGCCCGCCCGGCCCGUUUUAGCACGUGAACUCGCGAGACGAGCGGCAUUCCACCGUCCGCUGCGCGGACGGCUCGCAGAGUGGCGAGUUUUGCUACUAAUCGUGUUUUCCUCUUGUUUUGCCACUGAUGAAAUUAGAAGUGCACGGCGACUGAACUCUUAGGCGACGAAUCGAAUCCUGUCACAAUGCUGUAUUAUAUGAUUUUCUGGACUUUUAGCAGUAAUUUGUGGACGGGGUGGCCGAUUGGCGCUGGCCAAUCAGCGGAUUGGCCGAGCCGUGUGGCGCGGCUCCGCUGUCCGACCACCUGUACACGGGUCGCCCCGAGUGAGAGAGUCCGCCAGCGACCGGCCAGCGCCGCUGCCUGCCCUCCGCGGCCCCGACUGGUGUCUGUCGGUGACCAUACACAGUCGGGGACACAGACACAGACACACCAGUCGGCGGCCCGGACUGGUGUGUCUGCAUCUCUGAGAGGGACGGGGGUGUAGUGUGUACCUCCCGCUGUCUGCCCAGCUCCGCGGCCCGGAGUUGUGUCUGUGGGUCCGGUCCAGACCGGUGUAGGUGGGGGGGGGGGGGCGGGGGGGGGGGGGUAGUGGAUACUUCCCGCUGCGUGGCGCGGUCCGGUCCGGACUGGUGUGUGUCUGUGGGUCCGGCCCGGACUGGUGCGUCUCUGGGAGGGACGGGGGUGUACCUCCCGCUGCCUGCCCUCCGCGGCCCGGAGUUGUGUCUGUAGGUCCGGUCCGGACCGGUGUGUGUCUGUGGUUGGGUGGGUGGGGUGUGUGGGGGGGGGGCACUUCCCGCCGCGUUGCGCGGUCCGGUCCGGACUAUUGUGGGUGUGUCUGUGUGUCUGUCUGUGCGCGCCGGCAGCGGGGCUCGGCGCCCCGCCGGCCGCUGUCCGACGCGAAUCUCUCACCGGACUCGGACUGGGGAAUACACCGGACCGAACUGGG